CGAAGAUCUUGAAAUUCCCCAGCCGGCUUCAACCUUCAACUGUACUCAAAACCACGCCCGCCAGAGCUGAAAAGCAUCAGAUCCCAACCCCUUUCCCCACUUCCCUUCCACAAUGCGCUCAAUUCAAUCUCUCUCGCACGGCCUGCGAGCCCUCACCACUCCACGCGCUCUUCUUCCCUCCCGCGCACCGACCAUCAUCGCACCCUUAGCAUCAUCCCGCACCCUCUCCCACCUCGUCUCCCCCCUUCCACGCGGAGUAGCCACCAGAACUCCCAGAAACACCGCAAAGUUCCCAUCCAGCCGUUACUACGAAUCUACCACCACCACCUCCUCCUCCGCCAGCACCGACAACAACAAUCUCACCGACCGCCGCACCGACGCCGCCACCGACGCCGCGCACGCAGAGCAGAACCGCCUCCGUCGCGAGCAGGAACCCGCCUACCAGAUCACCUUCACCUGCAAGCCCUGCGGCGAGCGCUCCACGCACCGCAUGUCCAAGCACGGCUACCACCGCGGCACGGUGCUCAUCCAGUGCCCCUCGUGCAGCAACCGGCACGUCAUCGCCGACCACCUGAAGAUCUUUUUCGAUCAGAACAGCACGCUGGAGGAUAUCUUGGCGAGACAGGGCGAUAAGCUGAUGCGGGGUUACACCGAUGGGGAUAUGGAGUUUUGGGAGAAUGGGGAGGUGACGGAGAAGAAGAAGAAGGAACAAAAUGAUGCGGAGGCUCCGGCGCAGCAGGGACGACUUUCUUGAACUCCUUGUGGGGGGAUUUCUUAGGAUGUGUGUGGGUUUGGUGUGCGAUCGACCGUGGAAAAGAGAUGAGUUAAGUGGGUUGGUUGGAUUGGCUUUCGCAAAGUACUAGGUAUUCAAGCGGAGAUUUGUAUAAAGCGUGGUGCUAGAGGCGUUUUUUGUUUGGGGGGUUGUCUGUUUCACUGUGAAUAAGACUCUUGUAUAGAUAGACACUACUAACAUGACUCUACUCUAAAGAUAUAAUUGGG